AUGGUCUCAUUAAAAAGAAAAACAGAAUCCACCCCAUCCACCCCCACCAAAAAACUCAAAACCACCUCCAUCGCAUCCAUAAUCCUCCACUCCUAUUCCAAACUCCCAUCCAUCAACGCCUUCCCCACCGCCAAAUCAACCCCAUUAAACAUCUUCGUCUGGGGAACAGGUUCAAUGUGUGAAUUGGGCCUCGGACCCCUGGCAAAGACCAAAGAAGUCAAAAGACCGCGAUUGAACCCCUUCUUAACCGCUGAUAAAUUAGAUGGAGCGGCUGGAAUUGUUGAUUUUGCCGUGGGUGGAAUGCAUGUCCUUGCGCUUGAUCUGGAAGGCCGGGUUUGGUCUUGGGGUGGGAAUGAUAGUGGGGUUUUGGGGAGGGAUACUUCGAAAGUGAAGGAAGUUUUGAAGGAUAUGGAUAAUCAAGACAGUGAUGAUGAGGAUGGGGAUUUGAAUGAGGCAGAAAGUACUCCGGGAUUAGUGGAGGGCUUGCCUACCAAUAAGGGGAAAAUCGUUCAAUUGGCUGCAACUGAUAAUUUAAGUGCUGUAUUGUACGAUAAUGGGGAUGUAUAUGCCUGGGGAUGUUUCCGUUGUAAUGAAGGAUUAUUAGGAUUUUUAAGAAAUGAAAUCAAACUUCAACGUACCCCACUCAAAAUUAAUGAAUUGAAGAAUAUAGUUCAAUUAGCCGCCGGGAAAGAUCAUUUAUUAGCCCUUGAUUCCAAAGGGAUCGUGUAUGCUUGGGGAAAUGGACAACAAUUCCAAUUGGGUAGACGUAUUUUAGAAAGACAUCGUUAUCGUACUUUAGAACCCCAACAAUUUGGACUUUAUGAUAUUAAAUAUAUCGCCAGUGGAGAUUUCCAUAGUUUUGCCAUCGAUCAUAAUGAUCAAGUAUAUUGUUGGGGAUUGAAUCAAUUUGGUCAAUGUGGAUUAACUGACGAAAAUGGACAAUUGGAAGAUGGUUCCAUCAUCAUGAAACCAACAAUCAUCCCCGAUUUAUCUAAUAUCGAAGGAGGUAUUAAAGAAAUCGUCGCCGGUGAACAUCAUACUCUUGCAUUAACCAACAAUGGUGACGUAUAUGCUUUUGGAAGAUAUGAUAUGAAAGAAGUCGGAAUUCCUAAAAGUAAAUUACCAGAAACUACAUUCAAAGAUUCCCAUGGUAAUUCUCGGUCUGUACCCAUCCCAACAAAAUUAUCAUUUACUGCCAAAGACCCUCAACCUAAGAUCAAAACCAUCGGAGCCGGCUCUCAUCAUUCAUUCGCAGUCACUGAUGAUGGAAUGGUAUAUGCAUGGGGAUUUGCUGAUACUUAUGCCCCAGGAUUGGGUCCAUUGGAUGAAGAUGUGGAAAAACCUACUAGAAUUGUAAAUACUGCUACUAAAUAUCAAGAUAUCCAAUUGAUUGGUGCUGGUGGUCAAUUUUCAGUUAGUGGUGGGAUAAAGAUAGAAGAUGAAGAUAAAGCUGAAGAUAGAAAUGAUAAAUAUGAUGAGUUGGAUGAAGAAUAG